UACACUUUAUCAAUCUUUCUUUGUUGGCUUUCCGGUUUUCUGUUAUACUUAGAGAAGCUCUUCACUACUGUAAGAUUAUUUAAAAAAAUUCUCCUAUGUCUUAUCUUAGUAUUUUAAUUUUAAGGAUUAAAUCUUUGAUCCUUUUGAUGUAAGGAGUUCAGUUAGGCUUCAUUUCAGCUUGUCCCAGAAGUCUACCCAUUCGAACACCAUGUGCUUAAAAAGCCACCUACAUGUGAAGAGCCUUUUUUGGUGGUGUGUUUGAUUUGGCCAUUUUUCAUUGUUAACUUCUAAUGAACAUGUUCAUUUCUAAUUUCAUUGUUAACGUCUAAUAGCCAGAGAACAUCGACUGUAUUAUUUCUGCUUUUUGGAAAUCUAUUCGAGCUUUGCUUGUGGACAGGGUUGGUGAUCAUUCUGUCCGUGUUUGAAUGCAUGUGUAUUUCCCACCGAGAGGAAAUGCCUGUAAGAUAGUUGGUCAGCUGUGCUACACGGGUCUUCUGUAGUCUUCCUAUAUUCAGCCUUCUAGAUUUUUUAGUCUCUGAAAGAGAUGUGUGAAAGUUUCCUGCUAUUUGGGGGAAAGUAAGUUCUUUGAGUUCUUUUGAAAUGUUCAGUCCUUCUAGUUUUUUUUGUUUUCUUGUAAGAACACGCAUGUGGUUGUGUCACUCCUCCGUGAUCUUGUCUCCAUGCCUGGGGUUCUCUCCUCAGGUUCCCCAAAAGCCUCACUUCCUGCCCCUCCUCCACGCACUGUGUUCCACUCUCUUAGACACAAGAACACACCAGGCUGGUGUUUAAAGUUCCGUUUCAUUUACGCAGAGGAUGCCUGCAUGCUUUCUCCUUAGCACAUUCCUUUUCCUCACUCCCCUCCACGUUGUCACUUUCCCCGCCACCUCCAGGAGGAACAACUGGUUUGGAAGAUGGAGUGCACUUUUUAACCUCUGCAUGAUAUUGUGUGGCACGACUACGCCUUAGUUUGUUUAGUGUCCCUGUGUUGGAGGACGUGUGGGGAGCUCCUAGUUGUUGGAGGUUACCCGUCACGCUGUGAUGAGACGCCAGGAACAUACCCUGUUGAGCACCCAGGCUAUAGCUACAUUUGACCAACACGGACAAGCAUGGAUUUCAGCAAUUGUCUGUAUGACAUUGGGGAAGCGCUGAGCAGUGAUGAGGUGGCCUCGCUCAAGUUCCUGUGCCUGGAUUACAUCCCACUAAGGAAGCAGGAGCCCAUCAAGGAUGCCUUGAUGCUCUUUGAGAAACUCCAGGAGAAGAAAAUGCUGGAGGAGGACAACUUGUCCUUCCUGAGGGAGCUGCUAUUCCGAAUCGACAGGCUGGAUCUGCUGGAAAAGCGCCUGAAAACCAGCCAGGAGCAGAUGUGGAGGGAGCUUCAGAUCCCGGGCCGGGCUCAGAUCUCUGCGUACAGGGUCAUGCUUUUCCAGAUUUCAGAAGAUGUAACUGCACCGGAAUUGAAGGACUUUAAGUUUUUUUUGAACCGGGAGCUCUCCAGAUGUAAACUGGUGGAUAGCAUGAGCUUGCUUGAUAUUUUUAUGGAGAUGGAGAAGAGACUCAUCCUUGGGGAAAAAAAUUUGGACACCCUAAAAAGAAUCUGUGUACAAAUCAACCGGAGCCUGCUGGAUAAAAUCAGUGCUUAUGAAAAAUUAAGUAAAGAUGGGGGGCCAAUUUCAGACUAUCCUCGAGAGCAGGACAGUGAGUCACAGGAACAGAACUGUGAGCCACGGGAACAGAACUUUGAGCCACCACAGGAACAGAACUGUGAGCUGCCACGGGAACAGAACUGUGAGCCGCCACGGGAGCAGGACAGUGAGUCACGGGAACAGGACAGUAAGCCACAGCAGACAGCGGACAAAGUUUACCGAAUGAAAAGCAAACCUCGAGGAUACUGUGUGAUCUUUAAUAAUUAUGAUUUUAGCAAAGCACGGGAGAACGUGCCCAAACUUUGCAAAAUUAAGGAUAGGACUGGAACAGACUUGGAUGCAGAGGCUUUGCGCAACACCUUUAGUGAGCUUCAUUUUGAGGUAGUGCAUUACAAAGAUGCCACAGCAAAGACUAUCUGUGAGAUCCUGAAAGACUACCAACACAUGGACCACAAUGGCAAAGACUGCUUCGUCUGCUGCAUCCUUUCCCAUGGAGACAAGGGCAUCGUCUAUGGCUGCGAUGGGCAGGAAGCCCCCAUCUAUGAGCUGACCUCUUACUUCACUGGUUUGAAGUGCCCUUCCCUUGCAGGCAAACCGAAAAUCUUUUUUAUCCAGGCUUGCCAAGGGGAUAACUACCAGAAAGGCAUAGCUGUUGAGACCGACUCAGAGGAGAAGGAAGCCUAUUUAGAAAUGGACUCGAACCAGAAGAGAAAUAUCCCAGAUGAAGCUGACUUUCUGCUGGGGAUGGCCACAGUGAACAACUGUGUUUCCUACCGAAACCCCGCAGAGGGGACCUGGUAUAUCCAGUCACUGUGCCAGAGUCUGAGAGAAAGAUGUCCUAGGGGUGACGACAUUCUCACCAUCCUCACUGAGGUAAACUUUGAAGUGAGCAGUAAGGACGACAAGAAGAAUAUGGGGAAGCAGAUGCCACAACCCACUUUCACGCUGAGAAAAAAACUCUACUUCCCCCUUAAUUGAUGUAGAACACUAUGCUUAAUUUUUGUACUGUAAUGCUUUUACUUUAUGCUAUCAUUUAUUUGCAUAACACUAUGCUUAAUUUAAUUGUUAAUAAAAUGCUGCUGUUCCUCCCCCGUUUAUUUUAUUUUAUUUUAUUUUAUGUUGUUAAUCCUCACCUGAGGAUAUUUUUCCCUUUUG